AUGGCUGCGAGGCUGGAGCGAGGAUUUGCAAAGGUCCUUUCCUCGAGGUCGGUGACGGUCUUCGUGCUGCGAGUUGAUGAUGUAUGGACGAAGAGUGAACUUCAAAAAAUUGUGAAGAUCCUGGAUGCUCACGAGUAUUUCUCGAUGCUGGGGCUCCUUUGUGAAAACAGCAGCCAGUUCGGAGGCUUCCCUUAUCAUGGCCCCGAGAGUGUGGGACCCACGACAUACCUGCCUUUGAGCUCUAUGGAAAUAGAUCUGGUACUGGAUUGGGACGCCAUGCCGCUGCCGCAAAACCUGCUGGCUUUUGACUUGCAGCAGCCUGAUGUCUUCAAGACUGUGCAGCUGGGAGAUCUGCAGUGCGAUGCUGAAGAUGAUGAUGGAACCUGUCAAGAGGGUGACGCUGGGUGCAGGGGAGAUGCAUUGAUAGGCCCUCCAGAGCGUCCUCAACUUCUUCACGUCACGAAGUCGGGGUCCCGGUCUCUUACCCUCGAGUGGCGGCCACACCCGGAAGGUCCAACUCCGGACAGUUAUUUGCUGAGGGUAGAUCCUGGUGCCCUUGAGGAAGUGUUGGACCACGAUACCUUCGAUGCUCUCACGAAUGUACAGACAUAUACUGUUAACGGGCUACGCCCGAAUGUAGAAUACACAGUAGGAUUGAGGGCGAUGGGCUUUGGGGGCGAAAGUGGCAAAGUGACGCUGACGCACCGCACAGAGCCGGAGGACGACACAGCCGAAGAUUCCUUGUACGACAUUUUGGAAUCGACACAUUGUGGCAUGGGGGCUGCCGAAGAAGUGCAGCCAGCAGGUCCAGCACCUGGAGGUGCCUCAUACUUUCCGGGAGUUGAUGACGUCGAUGGGUGCAGGGCACGCUGUGAGAGCAACCGGCAGUGCGUGGCUUUUCAGGUUAACUCGGGAAAUGCUUGUUGGCUCUAUCGGAGGAAACCCCCCGCGUUACAGCGCCUCGCCGAACGCAAAUCCGACCUCAGCUGGUGGUGUGCCGUCCGGAGAGAUUGA